GUUGACAUUGUUUUUUAUUCUAAACAUGCUACUAAAUUAAUUAGUAAACUGAUAACCUCGUGUUAAAUCACAACAUCGAACUUUAAAUCUUUUGUUUGCACACUACACACUUUGUACAAUUACGUUCUGUAAUUAUUCAAAUUCAACCACACGCUCAUCGACGCACUCAAACUUUCAAAAUUAACUUUUUAUAGAGAAAUCGCAAAGGUUAAGCAAGUCUGUACGAAAAAUCAAGCAAAAACUAGAAGGUUAACUUGUUAAUAUCUUUAAAGAAUGUAUCCGAAUCUAUUCAAGCAGUUUAAUUUGCCAAAACUGUGCAAUGAUAUUUCGAAAACUGGCGAUAUAGUUUCCCAAAUUGAAGUGGAUGACAGAGAGCAAAGCAAAGACGAAGAAGACAAAUAUCCAGAACUGUCUGUGAAGACGUUUUUCGAUUUUAUGAGAACAGCCUACCAAGUGAAUGAAACGUUUGAUGAGUUGGCAAAUACUUUAACAGCCAGCAGUGAAAUAGAUUGGAGUGCUCUUGCAAAAGUGUCUUUAAACUUGGGACAGUCGCACAAUGUAACGCAAUUGGAUGAUAUCGCACCACUGGACAAGAGCUUGCAAACUGUCGCUGUAAAGGGAAAUAACAAUUCUGACACGUCCUUAAAAAUCGAAAAUAUAGUAAGUUCAGAAAAAAAUCCAAAUACGUUGGCAGAGCGGGAACUGUUGGAAGAUAAUCGGCAUGCCGAAGAGAAAACUAACAAUGAACACAUGUUCAACAAACAAAAGUGUUAUUUGUUGGCAACAUGUUGUGAAAAUAAAAAAGAGCCACUUUUGUCGAAAGUUAUGAAGAGAUGUUUGAGCGACGUUUUGCACGAAGGACUAUUGGAUUCUGUACUUCCCCACAUCACUGCUAGACCAGUUCAUUCUCAGCCAAUCAUAAAAAAAUCAUUAAUUAUAGAACCCAAGAAAAGCAUUUCAGUCCCAAAUGGGUUUGAAAGUAAGGUAAGCACUGGUAUAAAUGGUAAUAAAGAAAAAGAAAAGGACAAGAUCAAGCAGAAAAAAUGUAUAGAAGCCGAGGUUGAAAUCCACGUUUGCGACGAAGCUAAAAACAUAAAAAAAGAUUUCCGCUGUCCACAGAGACUGUUAAUUCAGAAAAUGUGUUACUUCGCUGAAGUGACCGCCGGUCAAAAGCUCGAGGAAAUGGAUAUUUCGGUGCACUGUGACAUAGUUAUUUUCGACUGGCUGAUGCGGUGGGUAAAAAAGGAUAUCAUUAAAAAAUCCGACUGGCCAGUACUGGAGGCAACUAAUGUGGUGCCCGUCAUGGUGUCAGCGUCGUUUUUACAAAUGGAUCCGCUAUUGGAUUGCUGCCUCAACUUCUGCCACACGAACAUGUCAGAAAUUCUAAAAACCACGACCGUUCUUAGCUGUUUGAACGACAAUCUUCUGACUAAAUUAGCUGAUCUCUUCUCCAAUGCUGAAGUUGAAACGAUCAAAGAUAAAAAGGACAAAAUUCAAAGUAGGCUCUUUUGCAAAUUGAUAAUGUCUCUAGCGAAUGCUAAACCAGAUCAGAAACGAGGACACUACGCUUCUUUGGCUACGCUCUUUAAGUGUAUGAAAUGCGAAAAAAAUGUUAUUCGAUCCAUAUCGAAUCUAGUACCCUGUGUGCCGAGUAACAUGAGGAUUGAUAACAAAGGAAAUUUGCACAGUAAGCACACUAGAGACAUGUCGUGGAAUCUGAACGAUUAUAUUAUUAUUCUGAGAUCGGAAUUGCGCUCUUGGCGACGAGUUUAUUGGCGACUGUGGGGCGAUUGUCACUUCCUGCUUUGUCGCCAGUGCGGAAUUUACUUUGCCGUCAAUCAAAUGGAUUGGUGUUCUUAUCAUCCGGAGAAUCCACAGUUUUUCAUCAAUGAGCUGCAACGAGCGACUCCGUUCCCCUUGGGAAGGUAUCCUUGCUGUAGUCAGAGAGCUUACAGAUUUCAAGCGAUCACAAACCGUGAUGGUUGUCGAUUCAAAGAGCACGUGCCGGAAAUAGUUACCGAAAGGGACGAAAACAUCAUCAACGUGUUUCUCGCGUACAGAGAUAUCGUCUCCAUCGAAGCUCCGCAAUUAUUCUUUCCUGAAAAAAUUACAAGACUAACCGCGCGUGAUCCCAAUCUGCCAGAGGGGAAAUUAGCUUGCAAAGAAGUCUUCUGGUGGGAAGGAAUUGAAAUUAUACCACCAAGACCAAAACUUGGUCUUCUGGCCAAAAUCUGGGGUGGAUCGAACGUUCGCAAAGUCAAUCAAAGUAUCUCGCAAAAGUCAAUUAAAAAGGUGCUGCAUCAAGUAUCCCAAAUGACUGACGUUUCUUCGAUUGUGUCUUCAGAAUCUUACAGCGAUGAAGAUGAUGACGGCAGCCAUGAUGAUCUCACUACUUGUGAUGACGAAUCUUCCGAGAGUGACGAAUCGCGUGAUUGGGAUAGCGCGGAUCACUUAAUUAAGAAAAAGAAGAAAAUUAAAACUAGCUUUCUCAAAAGCAGGUGUGAAGGAAUGGGAUCUUGGAGUUCAAAUCUAACAGUUCGAUAUAAUCAAGAUAAUCAAAGAGACUUUGAAGAAAAAGCUGCUGCACAAAUGGUAGCAUUAUUGACCAAGAGGACCAUGCUUGAAUAUAAUUUACGUCCGAAAAGUCAUUCUUUAGGGAAAUAUGGUCAUUGGAAUAAUAAUGCUCAACCACUUGGUGGAACAUACGUAAGGUUAGAAGCUGAAUUUUUAAACCAAGUAUCACAAAAUAAUAAAUGUAAGAAUAGUGUACCAACUAGAACUUUGACAAGAAUCAAAUCGUCAAAAUAAGUAUUUGAUGAACUUACUUUAAAUGAAUAAAAAUAA